AUGUCGCAUACCAAAAGAAAGACGACCCAUAGAGAACAGUCGUGUAUAAAAAAGGCAGAUAAAUGUCCCACUUUUCAUUUAUCAUUUCAAAAUAUCCCCACAAUUCCACAAGAUUUCGCAAUAUUUCUUCUAAUUUCUCAUAAAUCAGUCCCACUGUACUCGGUUAGAGAUUGGUUCGGAGAAUCGGCGGCUAAAAAAAUAAAAAAUAUUCCUCUUUCUAACAAUACGAUUAGUCGUCGCAUUCAUGACAUAGCUGAAGACAUUAAUGAGCAAAUUGUGGAAAAACUUUCUGGUUUAUUUGCCAUUCAACUGGAUGAAGCGAUAGACAGUAAUAAUGACGCUCAAUUAAUAUGUUACGUGCGGUACAUGGAAGAAGCAAAUGUAUCCACUGACAUUAAAUGGGAGAACUGUGUCGGUGUGUCUACGGAUGGAGCUCGCUCGAUGUCAGGGCAGUACGGAGGACUUCAAGCUCUCAUUAAAACCGAGGCACCAAAUGCAAAAUGGACACAUUGCUGGUAA